AAAUAUAAAGAUUUAUUGCAAAGCAAUUUAAAACACAUGUUGAGUUCUUUCUUCUGGUAGACAUUUCUACAAACAGUUGAUGGGCAUUAUAGAGGCAGCAACCAAACAAUAGGAGAAUAAAUUAUGGCAGCUUGUGCCAGCAAAGGAGGGUGUCCAAGUGACUAUGUAGCGCUUUCAAUUGCCGUAGUGUCCAUGAUCUCACUUCUCCUGAAAGUGACAUUACCGUACCUGAUUCACAAGAUUCCGAGGCCCAAAGGCAGUAGCUUUUGGCUUGUGGCAAUUCAAGUUAUAGCAAGCUUCAAUCUGUUGUUGUCGAUUGUGAUAGCUCUCAAUUUUCUAAAGUUCAGAAAGAGACAUUGGUGGAGGUCUUGCUAUCUCUGGGCAGUCUGGAUUGAAGGUCCACUCGGAUUUGGUUUGCUGUUGAGCUGCCGUAUUACACAGAUAUUCCAACUAUAUUAUAUAUUUGUGAAGAGACGUCUACCACCAAUUAGAUCCUAUAUUUUUCUUUCGCUGAUUCUCUUGCCGUGGAUAGCUAGUGCUGCCUUUAUUCAUAUAAGAAAGCCUCUAAAUUACCGAUGCCACAUGGGGACUGUGUGGAUCAUCCCUGUUAUGGGCCUUCAUGCGUUAUAUGUUGUAUCUUUGAUUGCUUUUACUGGGGCUGUGCGUCAUGUGGAAUUCAGAUUUCAUGAACUGAAAGACCUUUGGAGAGGAAUUCUUGUAUCUGCAGCUUCCAUUGGAAUUUGGGUGGCUGCUUAUGUUAUGAAUGAAGUUCGCGAGGACAUAUCAUGGCUAGAAAUUGCCUCUAGAUUUUUGUUAUUGGUUAUGACAAGUGUCCUUGUGCUAGCAUUCUUCUCUUUCUCAAUUUCUCAACCUCUUAUCUCACUUAUGAGCUUGAGGAAGAAGGAUCAUAAGGAGUACAAGACAAUGAGUCAGGCAUUAGGCAUACAUGAUAGUGGGAUUCUUCUACAGAGGGAACCGAUAAGCAUUAUAGAUCCAAAUGAACCUUUGGAUAAGCUCCUGCUGAACCGAAGGUUCCGGCAGUCCUUCAUGGAAUUUGCAGACAGUUGUUUGGCUGGGGAGAGUGUCCAUUUCUAUGAUGAAGUGCAACAGUUUGAUAAAAUUCCUAUUCAAGAUCCAGUUAGGAGAAUUUACAUGGCGCGCCACAUAAUAGAGAAGUAUAUAGCUGCAGGAGCACCAAUGGAGGUGAACAUUUCUCACAGAAUUCGGCAGGAAAUUUUGAGUACUAAUGAUCUCUCCCAUACUAAUCUCUUCAAAAAUACUCUAGGUGAACUGAUGCAGCUGAUGAAACUGAAUUUAGCAAAGGAUUACUGGUCAUCGAUAUAUUUCAUGAAGCUGAAAGACGAGGUCAGUAUGAGAACAGUUGAUCAUGAGCUGGAACAUGCUAGCGGUUGGAACUUUUCUCCAAGAUUGAGUUCUGUCCAUUGUAGUGAUGACCCUUUUCAGCAUGAACAUAGCCCCAGGUAUUCUGCUUGCCAUAGUCAUGAUUCAAAACUGCAAUGACAAAACAUGUGAGGGGGUCAUAGUGUUCCAACUUGAUGGAGUCGUAUAUAUUAGGCACUGAACAGGAAGAGGAGCAAGCCCAAGAAUCCUGCAUAUCCCGAUCGAUUGAGCAAAAGAUGCAUGAUAUUCAUACUCACAUGAUGUGCCCCAGCAGCCUGAUUCUCCUGUUCUUAGAUAGCACGAGCCUUCAAAACCAAAUUUUUCUCUGCACUGUGCAGUGGUGUGGCCCAGUCGUGCUAUUUGGACCUUAAAGAGUACUGGCAAGUUCCUUGCAUGUGAAAACACAGGGCGGCUGUUGGAAGACUGAUGGUGACUUCUUGUAUCAAAUAGCUGGUGGGUGGCAAUUUAUGUUGGCUGGUAGAUUCAACAAUGAAUAGGACAUAUAGUUGUGGUUAUGUAGCAUAUUUUUGUAUCCGUUAAGAACUUGCAAGGUGUAUCUUACCCAGACUUGUUAUAUAAAUCAACGAGUGAAAUACCUUUGAUAUCCA